AUGGCCGCCAGUCAAGACCCCUUCUUAGGAUGCUACCUACCUCUCGCGGUAAGGCAAUCAAUACUAAGCCAGUUUUGGGAGGCAUGUCAGCCCGACCUCUCACAGAUGCCCAACAUGCAGCCGUAUUUUGAAUAUCACUCUGCCCGCUGCCGGCAAUUUCUGCACAAUGGCGGAAUCCACGUGACGGCAAAGAAACACUCCGAGCUGAUUGGUGUUUCUAAGAGAAUACUCGGAGAGGUGCCGAAGGAGACACUAGUAGCGAGCAUCACCAAAGAACGGACAGGCAGUGAGAGGCCCGACCCAGAACGAGUCGGAAACACCCUUGCUCUUUGCGCAAGCUUGCUUCUUAUGACCAAUGUCAGAGGCCAUAGGUAUGGUGUUUCGGGGUCAAAUCUUCUCGACUGGACUGCGGAUGAGACCCUGAAGGGCUCGGUGGAGAGCCAUUUUGCACGUCAAAGACCAGUCCUUCAGUCGGGCAAUACGCGGCUGAGCAGACUGUUCACGGCUCGAAAUUUGAGCCGCGUCGGAGGCAUGAACGUUAAAUGGACGACAAACCUAGUGGACCAUCUAAUAUUAGCGGAUGACGACCGGACUGUCUUUUUAUUUCAUUGUGCCAGCUUUCUGAAGUUCCAGAAAAGCUGUGCAAGAGGAAUAUUCCCUGAAGGCCUCAUGGAAGAAACGAUCAGGACCUUGACUUUGCUGUUCCCCGAGAACGACAUUCAUUCUAGAAAGUGGCUCAAGACAGAAAUCGACACCAAGAAACUCGACCGGAGCUUAGCUUCGUGCGGGUCAUUGAGGUCUCGAGACAGACGAUUUGAGAAGUUUUUCUUCUGGCAUGACCGGCUUCUUAUACUGAAGCAGGCGUUCGAUGAGUCCAGCCCUCGCACCCUGGCGCAGUGGUGGAAUGACCGACGCAACAUUGUCCAGUGGUAUACUUUCUGGGUGGCAAUCAUGGUGUUUGUCCUCACCACAUUUUUCGGACUUGUCCAGAGUAUUGAGGGUGGCCUGCAGGUUUGGUUGGCGUGGGAAGGUCGUGGUUCCAAAUGAAGUUAAGAGACAGUCAAGCUCUCCAUCCGAUACUCGAGAAGGUUUCCCAAGCAACAACGGAGGUGGUACUGUUAUAUUCUAGAAACUCUUCAUACACAGCUUUGUCCCUAUCCCGUCCGGUAUAGCUCCGCUGUAAACACACCCUCUGGUAACUGUUAGAGCACCAAAGAUAUCAUUCCUUCAGGUAGUGCAAGUUCACCGGCGUAAUGGGCUUGCCCCCGCCCAGCACGGCCAUGAUGUUCCGCAUGCUCAGCUCCUCAAAACCCUUGUGCGUCUCGACCGUGCCGCCGGCGUUGUGGCAGGUCAGCAUGGCCUUGGUGCCGGCCAGCUUCAGCAGACGCGGAUGGGGCCUCGGCUCGUCGUCGUGCACGUCCAGCGCAACGGUCCCGACCCGACCGGACUCCAGCGCGUCGGCCAGCGCGUCCUCGUCCACGAGACUGCCCCUCGCGAUGUUCACGAACCGCGCCCCGGGCUUGAACCACGCCAGGGACUCGGCCGUGAUGACCCUGCCGCCCGCGGGCGUGCACAGAACGACGCAGUCCGAGGCCUCGAGCAGCGACUCGAGGGUCUCGUGGAACGUCGCGCCAAACUGCGUCUCGACGGCGGCGUCCUUGCGCACGAUGUCGAAGUAGUGCACGCGCAUGCCGAAGCCGACGCCGAGCCGCUGGGCGAUCUGCUGGCCGAUGUUGCCCAUACCGAUGAGGCCGAGGACGUGGCCGCGCAGGGUGUGCGAGGCGGCGGUGGCGCGGGCGUGGCAGUCCUGGAAGGCGACGGGGUCGGCGGCGGCGGACAUGCACCACGGCAGAUGGCGGAAGGUGGAGAGGACGAGGGCAACGGCGAAGUCCGCCACCGCCUCGGCGGCGGCAAGGCCGGAGUUGCAAUACACUAUGCCUGGGUAUUGUCAGCCGGAGAUGUUCAGAACCGUUUCCUCGAAACCUGGACCCAUGACCAAAGUCAUAGAUAGGGUCGAGGACAGAUGGUACGAAGGCAACACGCACCCCGUUCACCGAGAAGCCGGGUAUCGGCCCAGUCGAACCCAGCGCCGGCGCUCGCAAAGACGCGGCAGCUCGCGGGUAACAGCGGGACUAGCUCGGCAUCCCACUUGCCCAUCUCGCCGCCGGUGCCCCAGAACGGCCGGAAGACGGCGCAGAAGUCGCCCCACUUGCCGUCCCGGAGCGCGGCAGCGAAGGCGGGGCGCUGGCGCUCGGGCGUGGUGGGGCGGAUGAUGUCGCAUUGCGCCGAGAAGGCGGCGUAGGUGUCCGGGUUGUAUUUGAUCGGGUCGCCAAUGUGGAGCACCUUGGGCUUUGUGUGCGUGCCGUUUGUGUAUGUCGUUGCUGCGGGCGUUGCAGCCGAGGCUGGGGUUGUGAUAUCCGGGUUAGGCCGGAGGACAAUGGGGGAGUGGGUUUGGUCCGGCGAGGAGGAGCGAGGGGUUUGCGACUGGGGCGUUGCGGGCGGAUACGGAGUGUUGUGUGGUUCCGCCAUGGUGGAUCAGGCUACAAGGCGAUAGCUGGAAGGUCGACAGUAAGGAAAUGACUUUGUAGAAGAUGGGUUGCGAUAAUAGCGGAUCAUAUAAUGAGGUGGCGGGGCUGGGGGCUCCGAUAAGGUUACCAAUGAGGACUCUGAU